AAGAAGAAGCUAGUGGGAUCCGUGAAGUCAUUGCAGAAGCAGUAUGUGUCCCUGGACACGGUGGUCACUAGUGAAGACGGAGAUGCCAACACCAUGUGCAGUGCCCUGGAGGCUGUGUUUAUCCACGGCCUUCAUGCCAAGCACAUCCGAGCUGAAGCUGGAGGAAAGAAGAAGAAAAGUGCCCACCAGAAACCUCUGCCUCAGCCUGUCUUCUGGCCCCUUCUGAAAGCUGUCACCCACAAACACAUCAUCUCGGAAUUGGAGCAUCUGAUCUUUGUCAACACAGACGUGGGCCGCUGCCGGGCAUGGCUGCGGCUGGCCCUCAACGACGGCCUGAUGGAGUGCUACCUGAAACUGCUCCUCCAGGAGCAGGCCCGGCUGUGCGAGUACUAUCAGCCCACAGCCCUGCUUCGAGACGCCGAGGAGGGCGAGUUCCUCCUCAGCUUCCUGCAGGGGCUAACGUCCUUGUCCUUUGAACUCUCCUACAAGUCUGCCAUCUUAAAUGAGUGGACGCUCACCCCAUUGGCCCUCUCUGGGCUUUGCCCACUCUCUGAGCUUGACCCUCUCACUACCUCUGGCGCGGAACUACAGCGAAAGGAGUCUCUGGAUUCAGUUUCCCAUUCCUCAGGUUCAGAGGACAUUGAAGUCCAGCACUCAGGCCAUAAGAUCCAGCAGAGUAGGAAGCUCACUGCCUCCUCGCUCAGCCUGGACACAGCCGGUUCAUCGCAGCUGUCCUGCAGCCUAAACUCUGAUAGCUGCCUACUCCAAGAGAAUGACUCCAAGAGUCCAGACCAUUCUGAGGAGCCCAUGUCCUAUGACUCUGACCUGGGCAUAGCCAAUGCUGAUGAUUCAGACCGAUCUCUUCAAGAGGUGUUGUCGGAAUUCAGCAAAGCCCAGGUAAACUCUGUGCCAACCAACAGACUGAGCCAAGAAUUGGAGAUUCCCACGCUCCAAACCUUGCUGUCCCGCCACGGCCUCGACUCCAGCACACACCCACACUUUGAUGUGCCGGCAGAGCUCCUUCCUGCCCAAGCAUCCUCUGGGCCUCGCGAUGGUGGCCACAAGCAGCAGCUGCUUUCCCAGGUGCCUGGCACCCUGGAUUUGCAGCAGCCAGGCACUGCCCCAGCUGUCCCUGCAGAGAGCCAGGCCAGCAGCCUUCUAGUACCGGGAGAGACAACCAGAGCAGCCAGUCAACGGAGUGGCCUGCAGAAGGCCCUGGAGGAUGACAGAGCUGGGCCGAAGCUUGUGGUUUCCUCACCCACCAGCCCGAAAAGCAAGAGCUGGAUCUCAGAAGAUGAUUUCUACCGGCCUCCCCAGGAGCAACCCUCAGAAAGGGCUUCAGAUCACUCAAUAGCAUCUUCUAGAGGGACUCCAGAGUCAAAGCCAGGUCUCCACAGGAAUUUUUCUCAAGGACCAAGAGAAAGCUUCUCCUUGGGGGCAUUAGACAAAGCAUGUGUGCCUUCCCCAGGAAGCAGGAAAACCAAGGCAGCCCCGGCGCAGGAGCAUAAGAACUUCUGUGUGGUGCACCGGAGGCAGAUGGGGCUGUCCAACCCGUUCCGGGGGCUCGUGAAGCUGGGCACAGUAGAGCGGCGGGGCGUGAUGGGCAUCUGGAAGGAGCUCUUCUGCGAGCUCUCCCCGCUGGAGUUCCGCCUCUACCUGAGUGACGAGGAGCGCACCUGUGUGGAGAGCUGCUCCCUGCUGCGCUGCGAGUCUGUGGGGCCGGCCCACAGCGACGGCCGCUUCGAGCUGCUCUUCUCCGGCAAGAAGCUGGCCCUGCGUGCCUCGUCCCAGGAUGAAGCCGAGGACUGGCUGGACCGGGUGCGGGAGGCCCUGCGGAAGGUCCGGCCUCAGCAGGAGGACGAGUGGGUGAAUAUCCAGUACCCAGAGCAGGCUGAGGACCCCCCUGAGGCCCCCCAGCAUGGCUGCCCCUCUCACUUGGAUCUGCUCUCGGAGCCUGUCACCCUCCGCGGCACACAGUUGGACUGGUCGUCCGCUCAAGUUCCAGAGCCAGAUGCUAUUAAGGAGUCCCUUCUGUACCUGUGCAUGGACAGGACCUGGAUGCCUUAUAUUUUUUCCCUGUCCUUGGAGUCUCUGAAAUGCUUCCGCGUGAGAAACAAUGAGAAGAUACUAAGUGACAGCCACGGAGUUGAGACCAUCCGAGAUAUCCUGCCGGACACAAGCCUCGGAGGCCCGUCGUUCUUCAAAAUCAUCACGGCCAAGGCCGUCCUGAAGCUGCAGGCUGGGGAUGCCAAGGAGGCUGCCCUGUGGAGGGACCUGGUCCGCAAGGUUCUGGCGUCCUACUUGGAGACGGCAGAGGAGGCAGUGACGCUCGGUGGGAGUCUGGACGAAAGCUGUCAGGAGGUGCUGAAGUUUGCCACCCGGGAGAACGGCUUCCUGCUGCAGUACCUGGUGGCCAUCCCCACGGAGAAGGGCCUCGACUCCCAGGGCUGCUUCUGCGCAGGCUGCUCCCGGCAGAUCGGCUUCUCCUUUGUACGACCCAAGCUCUGUGCCUUCUCUGGCCUCUAUUACUGUGAUAUCUGCCACCAAGAUGAUGCCUCAGUGAUUCCAGCCAGGAUCAUCCACAAUUGGGACCUCACCAAGCGGCCGGUCUGCCGGCAGGCCCUAAAGUUCCUGUCUCAGAUCCGGGCCCAACCUCUCAUCAACCUGCAGCGGGUGAACGCGUCUUUGUACGAGCAUGUGGAGCAGAUGCACCUUGUCGGGAGGAGCCGGGAGCAGCUGAAGCUUCUGGGGGAUUACCUGAGCCUGUGCCGAAGUGGCGCCCUGAAGGAGCUAAGCAAGAGGCUUGACCGCAGGAAUUAUCUCUUGGAGUCUCCACACAAGUUCAGUGUUGCCGACUUCCAGCAGAUUGCAGAGGGGACAUAUGAAGGAUUCCUCAAGGCCCUGAUCGAAUUUGCCUCCCAGCACGUCUACCACUGUGACCUGUGCACCCAGCGUGGCUUCAUUUGCCAGAUCUGCCACCACCACGACAUCAUCUUCCCCUUUGAAUUUGACACCACAGUCAGGUGUGCUGAGUGCAAGACCGUCUUCCACCAGAGCUGCCAGGCUGUGGUGAAGAAAGGCUGCCCCCGCUGUGCCCGCCGGCGCAAGUACCAGGAACAGAACAUGCUCACCUAACCCUGAUCUCCCGACCCCACCGUGGAAGCCAGGGGGUCAGCUGCAGCUCAGACAUCCCAGCUGGGUCUGCCAUCAGCUCAGCUAUCCUGUCUCAGUGUCACAGCUGUCUCCUCUUGUCAGGAAGACCCUCAGUUGUGACCAGAGCAUGGGCCUCCCAGAGAAAGCCCAGAAAGCCCCCGCUGAUGCCCCAUGGCCUCCCUACCACCCCUCUGCUCCAGUAGGCAGGGACACCUCCAGAUGCCCUCUGUCUGGGGGCAGAAGGGAGCCUUUCACUAAUCAGGCCCUGGCUCACCUUGCUGUCAUGGCACCCCCAUUAGGGCUGUUCAGACACUGUGGAAACAAGACUUGGGGAACAUUUUCGAUUCUGCAUUCCUGAUUAAAAGAUCUAGUUUUUUAA